UUUCACGGAUUUCUUCUUGGCUGGUCUUCUAAGCAUUCCUGAGAUCUUGUUCUUGUAAAUUUCGUCUCGAUCCUUGAAGAAUGGAAACGUUCUCGUCGUUUUUUCAGUCUCAAUCGACCUUUCGAAGCGGAUGGAGAUAUGAAUCUCUUAAGAAUUUCAGGCAGAUUUCUCCUGUCGUUCAGAAUCAUCUCAAACUGGUUUAUCUCUCACUAGGAUGCGCUCUAAUAGCUUCGGCUGUAGGAGUCUAUCUGCAUCUUUUAUGGAACAUCGGUGGCUUAUUUACUACUUUGGCAUGCAUGGGAAGCAUUGUAUGGCUACUUUCCACUCCUCCAUAUGAAGAGAGGAAGAGGGUAGCUCUCUUAAUGGCAGCGGCCACUUUUGAAGGAGCUUCAAUAGGUCCUCUGAUUGACUUGGUUAUUGAUAUGGAUCCAAGCAUCCUGAUUAGCGGCUUUGUUGGGACUGCUAUCGCCUUUGGGUGUUUUUCUGCAGCUGCAAUGUUGGCAAAGCGUAGAGAGUAUCUUUACUUGGGAGGCCUGUUGUCCUCUGGCCUUUCCAUCCUCUUUUGGUUGCAUUUUGCAUCCUCCAUCUUUGGAGGCUCCACCGCACUCUUUGGGUUUGAGCUAUAUUUUGGACUGUUACUCUUUGUCGGGUACAUUGUGGUGGACACCCAAGAGAUAAUUGAGAGGGCGCACCUUGGGGAUCUUGAUUAUGUUAAACACUCGUUGACACUUUUCACUGAUUUUGCUGCGGUCUUCGUUCGAAUUCUCAUAAUCAUGUUGAAGAAUGCAGCUGAGAAGGACGAGAAGAAGAGGAAACGAAGGAGUUAAAAGCUGACUUAAGUUUAGCUUGUUUUGGAGGCACGAGAGAACUGCAUAUGUGGUGAUUUGCCUAUUAGUUGUAGAAUUGUUCACAAAAUGAAGUCUCCAACAUGAUUGCAGUUUCAAGUCCUUCAAUAGCAGGACAUGGUGGUUGAUAUA